AUGGGUCUUCUCAAUUCUCAAGAUAAAGAAGUCAUCAAAAGAGCUUUACCAAAAGCUGCUAAUAAAAUUAUAGAUGUAGCUGUUGCAAGACUUUAUAUCGCUUUCCCAAAUAAAAAUGAAUGGAAAUAUACUGGCCUAUCGGGUGCCAUAGUAUUAGUCGAUGAUCUAGUAGGAAACACGUUUUUCUUAAAAUUAGUAGAUAUCAGCGGUCACAGAGGUGUACUAUGGGAUCAAGAACUGUACGUGAAUUUUGAUUAUUCUCAGGAUCGUACUUUUUUCCAUACUUUUGAAAUCGAAGAAUGUUAUGCUGGUUUAAUGUUCGAAGAUAUCGCAGAAGCUUCUCAUUUCUUAAAAAGAGUACAGAAACGUGAAAGAUACGGUUCUAAGAAAACUUUAAAUAACAAAAAUGCUAUCGCACUAACGAAAAAAUUAAAUACUGAAAAUAGUCAAAAUAGAUCUCACGGCCCAAGAGGUGAAGCGUUAAUAGAUAACCAAAGACAAAGAUACAAUUAUGAUAACGCUGAGUACAUCCCAAUAACGAAGAAUAAAGCUCCUCCACCUCCUCCUCCAACAGCAGCUGCUCCGAAUUAUGAAGCUAAUGAUUACAACGACUAUAACGAUACUUCAUCAGAGUUUACUGCAAAUAGUUCGCGUACAAAUACUCCAACUCCAAGUGUUCCACAGUCACCACCACCAACAACUACCCAUGAAACAGGGACUCAUCCUAUCCACAAAGUGCCGCCAUUACCUGCACAGUUUGCACAACCAGCUUCGAAUCCAUUCCCAACCCCUCCAGCUCCACCAGCUGCAAAUAAUGCAUUUCCAAUUCCAGUACCACAACCUCCCCCAGGUCAAACUCCAUAUCAAAUCCCAGCUCCAAAUCAACAAGUCGGUCAAACACCAUUCCCUGUUCCUACAAUGAAUAACCAAUUUGCAGCUCCUGGUCCCCCACCUGCUUUACCUCCACAGCAAAAUAGACCUGUGCCAAUGCCACCAAAUGCUGCAGGAAGACCAGUCCCACAACCUCCAGCAAGAUCUGGCAUUGCUACCGGCGCAGGUAGAAUCCCACCUCCAGCUCCUCCUUCAAGACGUGGUCCUGCACCACCACCUCCACCACAUAGAUCAAACACUGUGCCUGGAAGAAAUGUACCACAACCACCUUCAAGACGUGGUCCUGUUCCUCCCCCACCUCCAAGGGGGGCUAGACCUCAAGCAGGAUAUACAGCAGCUCCACAGAAUAAUAUACCAAUUCCCCCACCACCACAAUCUACAUUCCCUGUAUAUCAACAGGCUGCCCCUGCAUAUCCUAAUCAACAGCAAACAUUUGAAACAUCACCACCACCACCACCCACAACUUUUGGUGCCAUCCCAUCUCCAGUACCAGCGGCAUCUAUUCCAGUAGCUGCUGCCUCUAGUAUCCCCCCACCACCUCCACCACCAAUGGCAAUGCAACCUGCUCAACCUGCAAUGGCAUCUAGUAUUCCUCCUCCACCACCUCCGCCAGCAAUGUCAUUUGGUGCACCUCCAGCUGCUAAUGGAGCUGCUCCACCACCACCCCCACCACCUCCAACAAUGGGCGGAGGAAGCGCUGGAAAUGGUCCAGGUGGGUUGGUAGAAGCCACUGGUGAUUCAGGCAGAGAUGCUUUACUGGCUUCUAUCAGAGGUGCCGGUGGUAUUGGUGUUUUGCGUAAAGUUGAUAAGUCUCAAUUGGAUAAACCAUCUGUAUUACUUCAGGAAGCUCGUGGUGAACCAACUCAAACCUCUGCUCCGUCUGCUCCUGGUGGAGGUGCUGCUCCUGGCGGCGGUCAAGCCUCAUUGGCGGAUGCCCUAGCUGCAGCAUUGAACCAAAGAAAGACAAAGGUUGGUGCAAAUGAUGACUAUGAUAACGGUGACGAUUGGUAA